AAAGUGGAGGAUCCGGUUUAUCCUGGGCCAGUCUGCAAGGGGGGUUGGUGGAGGCAGCGCCCAGAGCCCGGGAGCUGCCGAAGGUUGCGGCAGCUGCGGCAGCAUGGUGGGUCCGGAGAAGGAGCAGAGCUGGAUCCCUAAGAUCUUCAAGAAGAAGACCUGCACGACGUUCAUAGUUGACCCCAUAGAUACCGGAGGGACCUUUUGCCAGUGUGGGCGGCCUCGGAGUGCCCACUCAUCAGUGGCUGUGGAGGAUGCAUUCGGGGCAGCCGUGGUGACCGUGUGGGACAGCGAUGCACACACCACGGAGAAGCCCACUGAUGCCUACGGGGAAGUGGACUUCCUGGGGGCCAGUCGCAAGCCCAGCAACUUCCUCCGGCUCUCUGACCGCACAGACCCAGCUACAGUUUAUAGUCUGGUUACGCGCACAUGGGGCUUCCGUGCCCCAAACCUGGUGGUGUCAGUGCUGGGGGGCUCAGGAGGCCCUGUUCUCCAGAGUUGGCUGCAGGACCUGCUGCGACGAGGGCUGGUGCGUGCUGCCCAGAGCACAGGAGCCUGGAUUGUCACUGGGGGGCUGCACACGGGCAUCGGCCGGCAUGUCGGUGUGGCUGUGAGGGAUCACCAGACGGCCAACACUGGGGGCACCAAGGUGGUGGCCAUGGGCGUGGCCCCCUGGGGUGUGGUCCGAAAUAGAGACACUCUCACUAACCCCAAGGGCUCAUUCCCUGCGAGCUAUCGGUGGCGCGGUGACCCUGAGGAUGGGGUCCAGUUUCCUCUUGACUACAACUACUCGGCCUUCUUCCUGGUGGAUGAUGGCACGGAUGGCCGCCUGGGCGGUGAGAACCGCUUCCGCCUGCGCUUUGAGUCCUACAUCGCACAGCAGAAGGCAGGCGUGGGAGGGACUGGAAUUGACAUCCCUGUCCUCCUCCUCCUGAUUGAUGGUGAUGAGGAGAUGUUGAAGCAGAUAGAGAAUGCCACCCACGCUCAGCUCCCCUGCCUCCUGGUGGCUGGCUCUGGGGGAGCUGCAGACUGCUUGGUAGAGACGUUGGAAGACACCCUGGCCCCAGGGAGUGGGGGAGCCAGGAGAGGUGAAGCCCGGGAUCGGAUUCGGCGUUUCUUCCCCAAAGGGGAUCCCGAGGUUCUACAGGCCCAGGUAGAGAGGAUUAUGACCCGGAGGGAGCUGCUGACAGUCUAUUCAUCUGAGGAUGGCUCUGAGGAAUUUGAGACCAUUGUUUUGAGGGCCCUUGUGAAGGCUUGUGGAACCUCUGAGGCCUCAGCUUACCUGGAUGAGCUGCGUUUGGCUGUGGCUUGGAACCGCGUGGACAUUGCCCAGAGCGAACUCUUUCGGGGGGACAUCCAAUGGCGGUCCUUUCACCUGGAGGCCUCCCUCAUGGAUGCCCUGCUGAACGACCGGACCGAGUUCGUGCGCUUGCUCAUCUCCCACGGCCUCAGCCUGGGCCACUUCCUGACCUCUGCGCGCCUGGACCAACUCUACAGCGCGGCGCCCCCCAGCUCGCUCCUCCACAGCCUCCUGGACCAGGUGUCCCACAGCGCGAGCACAAAAUCUCCAGCCCCAAAAGGCGAGGCUGCGGGGCCCCGGCCCCCUGACGUGGGGCAGGUGCUGAGGAUGCUGCUGGGGAAGACGUGCGCCCCGCGGUACCCAUCCGGGGGCUCCCGGGACCCCGGCCCUGGUCGGGGCUGCGGGGACAUUGCCGAGAGUAUGGGUCUGCUCUCGGACAGAGCCACCUCAGAGCUCUCGCUGGACGCCGGCCUCGGACAGGCCCCCUGGAAUGACCUGCUCCUUUGGGCACUGCUGUUGAACAGAGCCCAGAUGGCCAUGUACUUCUGGGAGAUGGGCUCUAAUGCUGUGGCCUCAGCUCUUGGGGCCUGUUUGCUGCUUCGAGUACUGGCACGCCAGGAGACUGAGGCUGAGGAGGCAGCACGGAGGAAAGACCUGGCGACCAAGUUUGAGGGGUUGGCCGUUGAUCUUUUUGGCAAGUGCUACCACAGCAAUGAGGAAUGGGCCACCCAGCUACUCCUACGUCACUGCCCACUCUGGGGGGAUGCUACCUGCCUCCAGCUUGCCAUGCAGGCUGACGCUCGGGCCUUCUUUGCCCAGGAUGGGAUACAGUCUCUGCUGACACAGAAGUGGUGGGGGCAGAUGGACAGCAGCACACCCAUCUGGGCUCUAGUUCUCACCUUCUUUUGUCCUCCACUCAUCUACACCGACCUCAUCACCUUCAGGAAAUCAGAAGCAAAGUCCAUGCAGAAGGACCUAGAGUCUGAUGCGAAUAGGGACAUUAAUGGGGAAGGGCCUGUCAGGGUAGUAGAGGACCUUGCUGAGAAAACGCCGCUGGGGACCCUGCAGCAGCCCAGCGGCAGGGACUGCUGCGGGGGCUGCGGGUGCCUGCACCGCUGGUCCCACUUCUGGGGCGCCCCGGUGACGGCCUUCAUGGGCAACGUGGUCAGCUACCUGCUGUUUCUUCUGCUCUUCGCCCACGUGCUGCUAGUGGACUUCCAGCCCAUGCCCGGCCCCGCCGAGCUGUUUCUCUACUUCUGGGCUUUCACCCUGCUCUGCGAGGAGCUGCGCCAGGGCCUGGGUGGCGGCUGGGGCAGCCUGGCCAGCGGGGGCCCCGGGCCAGGUCAGGCCUCCCUGCGCCACCGCCUGCGCCUCUACCUGGCUGACACCUGGAACCAGUGCGACCUGCUGGCCCUCACCUGCUUCCUCCUUGGUGUAGGCUGCCGGCUGACCCCCGGCCUGUAUGACCUGGGCCGCACUGUCCUCUGCCUUGACUUCAUGAUUUUCACGCUGCGGCUGCUGCACAUCUUCACGGUCAACAAGCAGCUGGGGCCCAAGAUUGUCAUCGUGAACAAGAUGAUGAAGGAUGUGUUCUUUUUCCUGUUCUUCCUUGGCGUGUGGCUCGUUGCCUAUGGGGUGGCCACUGAGGGGCUCCUAAGGCCCAAGGACCAUGAUAUCCCAAGUAUCCUGCGCCGCGUCUUCUACCGGCCUUAUCUGCAGAUCUUCGGGCAGAUACCUCAAGAGGACAUGGACGUGGCUCUCAUGGAGCAUACCAAUUGCUCGUCGGAGCAGGGCCUUUGGGGGCACCCGCCAGGACCCAAGGCAGGCUCCUGUGUCUCCCUUUAUGCCAACUGGCUGGUGGUGCUGCUCCUUGUCAUCUUCCUGCUUGUGGCCAACAUCGUGCUGGUCAAUUUGCUCAUCGCCAUGUUCAGCCACACGUUCGGCAAAGUACAGGGCAACAGCGACCUCUACUGGAAGGCGCAGCGCUACAGCCUCAUCCGGGAAUUCCACUCUAGGCCAGCACUGGCCCCGCCCCUUAUCAUCAUCUCCCACGUGCGCCUCCUCCUCCGUAGAUGGCAAAGCAGGACCUCCCAUACCAAUUUGUCAUUCUCCCGGCAUCAUUUCCGGGUCCACCUCUCAAAGCAAGAGGAGCGGGAGCUGUUGACGUGGGAGUCAGUGCAGAAGGAGAAUUUCCUCCUGGUGCGCACUCGGGACAAGCGGGAGAGCGACUCGGAGCGUCUGAAGCGCACCUCUCAGAAGGUGGACACCGUAUUGAAGCAGCUGGGCCACAUCCGCGAGUACGAACAGCGUCUGAAAAGGCUGGAGCGGGAGGUCCGGCACUGUAGCCGCGUCCUGGACUGGGUGGCUGAGGCCCUGAGCCGCUCUGCGUUGCUUCCCCCUGGUGGGCUGCCACCUCCAUCCCCACCUGGGCCCAAAGACUGAGCCCUGUGGUAGACUUCAAGGAGCCUACAGGGUUUUUUUCUCUCCUAGAAAGAAGCUGUAAGUAAGACUAGAGUAAGGCCCAGGUGGUCCUUGAUCCCUGCACCUGGCAGCCUUGUCUUUGGAUUGGACCCCAUAUCUACAGAUUAGCACCUGGGCCAAAUCAGGGCUACCUUGGGGGUAUCAUCCAUAUGAAUCACAACGUGCUCAGCUCCUUUCAGAACCACAUCCUCUCUGGGAAGGUCCUGUUCUGGAGCCUGGAUAUUGCUUCUCUGAGGGCCCUGCCACAGCAGGAGGAGUGUGGAGGGCCCUUGGGGAUUCAGGGACCAUAAAUCCCAUUCACAACUUCCCCACACUGGGGAAAUAAAGCCAUUUGUAAGGAA